CAGCCGUACAAACAAAUGAUGGAUGGACACACAUACCUGUGGUCGAUAUAUUGCUAUUGUUCCGUAUUAUUAUUUGAAAGUUAUGGCUAUGUUUGCUGUCAUUCCAUAACCAGAAGAAUGAAAACAAAACAUUUUAUUUUUGUGUGGACUGGGACAGGGCAGCUAUAUAAGCCCCUGACUUUCUACCAAAGCUGCACAUUCACUUGACUGACACUCGCUCUUGCACACCAUGUUCGCUUCACUUCCCGUCCUUGCCAUUGUCUUCGCGGUCUACCUGCCGUCGACAGAAGCUCAGACCCUGUGCGACACUGCUGGCUGUCUGAAUGGCGUCUGCGUCCUGCCUCCAGCUGUUGCUGCCCCCACGUGCAGCUGCAACCCCGGCUUCCAGCUGACCGCCGCCGAGCCAAACAUCUGCUUCGAUAUUGACGAGUGUUACGGCAACACGUACAUCUGUGGGGUGAGUUUUGACCCCUACCUCCGCAUCUCUGUCCCCAGCGGGAGGUGUGUCAACACCCCGGGCUCCUAUUACUGCAUGUGCAACCCCAACGUGGCCCUGUCAUCCUUCGACAACAAGACCUGUAUAUCCAUUCCCAUUCAACAGCAGCAGCAGCAGCAGCAACAACAGCAGCAGCAGCAACAACAGUACUUCUAUCAAAGCCUUCUCAACCUGUACCUUUUCGACCAGUUUGAACUAUUUGAUUUUUAACAACAAAAUAUAAAUUCAUUCUCAAAUAUAUAUAUGUCAAUAUUUUCAUGUAACCUGAUAUAAUCAUCUGUCUUUUGAAUAAAAUAUAUUAUCAAC